CCCCUUCGCCAAGACCCCGAUAUGCGCGAUCCUAACAUUGAAAACCACAGGGGAUAGCAGCACUUCGCGUGUAUGGUAUUGCUGCAACACGAUCACAACACAACCAACAGACAAGCUAGUAGCUGCACACACAAAAGAGUCUCUGGGAAUUGCCACCACAACAGUUCCGUGGCGGAGAAAUACCGGCGGAAAAUCGGGAAAAUGCCCGGGACGGAGCUGCGGGCUCGACCACACGCAACGCGCGGCUACGAUGUCGGAGGGUGCAAGCGCGGGACCUGUCGACGCCUCACAGGCCUCACAGGCCUCACAGGCUAGUGCUGGCGGUCCUUCCUCUGCGAAUCAGGGAGCUGCCGCUGCGGACCCGAAGGCAACCGGCGAGGCUAUCGAUGAAAUGCUAGCCGCCAACGACCCCGUCAAAAACAGCAACGGCAAACGCGCGUACCCGGAGCCCAACUUCCCGAUGGAGCGGUCAGGAGCAGUGGGAGGGACAGGGAGCUACCCCAUCCGGUUCAAACUGAAGGCGGCGGCCUACACACGGGAGAUCUGCCCGUGCGACGGUCAUCCGGUGGGAAACAACGGCGCGGCGAAAGUUCUCCAGGUGCCUCGGAAGCGUAUCAUCGAGUGGCUGAAGCAGGAGGAGCAGCUCAGGGAGAAGGUCAGCGCCAACCCCAAGCUCUCGAAGGCCAAGCAGGUUCACAGCGGAGGGAAAGCUUCGACAGUCGACGCCGAACAAGCCCUUGUGGACUACAUCAACGAGCAGCGCAAGCAGCACCGCGGUUGUGGUAAUCGGGAGGUGAUGAACAAGCUGCUCGAGCUGAAGCCUGACGCCCUUGGCGGGAUGCCGGCGAACGCGAAACCGGAGGAGGCGCUGGCUUUCAAGGUCAAAUUCAACUCCUGGUACCAACGGUUCCGAAAGCGGAAUGGGUUCAACAUCCGCCGGCGUACCAGCGUGGGCCAGAAACUGCCGAAGGGCGACGAGGGUAUGGCGUGGGCGACGGUGAUGAAGCUGCGCGAGGCUCCCGUAAAGCGCGCCGGUGAGAUCUACGCUCGGCGCCACCCGCCGGCACCUGACGAGAGCCCCAUCAAAGGGGAGGAUCUGACUUCCGAGCAGCUGGCGUCUGUGGAGGUGGAGGUUUUCGAGGAACUCGGCAACAUGGACCAGACGCCAGUCCAGCACGAGAUGCCGUUGGAGAUCACUCUGGAGAAGACCGGUGCGAAGGAUGCUCGCAUCAGCACAGGAGCUCUAUCGGAACGCUUCACGCUCGUUCUGGCUGUCAUGGCGGACGGCAAAAAGGUUUCGUCGCGCAUCAUCUUCAAGGGCACGCCGUUCAUCCCCCCGACCGUGAGCGGCAAGGGCAAGAGCACCCUGCCGCGGAAAAACUCCGUCGCGUGGGAGAUCCAUCCUGCGAACCGCGCCAAGCACGGCCACCCUGCCAACGGCACGUCCUUCGGCGUGCAGGAGAAGAGCUGGAGUGACCAGCGGGAGUGCAACGGGUGGAUCUCGGGCAGCUGGAAGCUCCGUCCCAAUAACGGCAGCAUCGUCCAGCAGCGCCCGUGCAUCCUGGUGCUGGACGACUUCAAGUGCCACAAGGACGAGGGUUUCAUCGCCGCCCUCAAGAGAGACGCCAACACCAUCGUCAUCUUCAUCCCAGGCGGGUUGACGCACUCGCUCCAACCUCUCGACCGCAUGCUCAACAAGCAGAUGAAGCGGCUGCUGCGGGGCAAGUUCACCGCCUACAGCGCGUCGGCGGUCGCAGACGCCCGGUCGGGGAAGCUGAAGCCACCGGAGCGUGGGGUCGUCUCUACGUGGUGCAAGGAAGCGUGGGAGUCCAUCACCCCCGAGACGGUGAAGAUUUUCUUCAAGAUCUGCGGUCUCACGCUCGCGCUCGACGGCAGCGAAGAUCACGCCUGGUGCGAGCACAACUUCGAGCAAGACUACCGCGACCUUCUCGAGGAGAAGCACGCCGUGUGGCUUGCUGAGCACCCCGACGUGACUCUCCCGCCGCUCAAGCUGCCGAAGGUACCAGGGGGGUUCAACUCCAACCCCAUCACGGCUGCUCAGAAGGAGGUCGAGGGGAAGCUGCUGCCCUACGUCGCUGAUGAGAGCGACAGCGAGGUGGAGGUCUUAGAGGGCGACAGCGACGUGGAAGUCGUAGAGGGGCAGGGGGGCGGGGGCGCCGAAGGCGAAGUAGUCGAACUGUGAAUCAUAGUUCUUUGCCAGUGAGAUUCGAUGUUUUUGCAAUGGAAGGGGCGCGGGCACGAUGUAGAGUUCAACCCGCCUAGGAAGUACAGUAGUAGGACGUUGGUAGCUCGUAGUGGUAGUUUGGUGUGAUUUUUUACUUCAUUUUUGGUUUCAUGUGCGUUUAGAAUUGUUGAGUGGAUGCCGUUCGCCGAUUUGCCGAUCUUGAUUCUUCAGACGAAAAGAAG